AUAUUUAUGACACAUUUAGGCUCCUCAACCUCCUGCUAAUUGGUCUGAUGUCUUGCUGACAUAUGCGGAUGCUCCUGCCUGUCUUCAGCCUUUACGGGAGGUUCCUUUCCCCAUUACAUAUAAUGAGGACUGCCUUUAUCUCAACGUCUUCACUCCUUACUUGCAGCCCAAAAAUGGCAAAGGGAUGCCAGUCAUCGUAUGGAUCCAUGGAGGCAAGUUCUAUCAAGGUUCCAGCGCAACUGAGAAGUAUGGAGUUGACUUCCUCCUGAUGAAAGAUGUUGUUGUAGUUCUGAUGAACUACAGGCUUGGCAUCUUCGGCUAUCUAAACAUGAAUUUGGCGGAAGCCCAAGGUAAUGCUGCCUUGAAAGAUGCAGUCAUGGCUCUCAAAUGGGUGCAGACAGAGAUCUCCAAAUUUGGGGGAGACCCAAGCUUGGUGACUAUAGUAGGGGACAGCUCAGGCAGUGAUAUGGUCAGCAUGUUGUACUACUCACCUAUGUCUAAAGGUCUAUUCAGCAGAGCUGUAUCACAGAGUGGGUCAAGUCUCUCUGAUACGGCUUUCCUCCCGUCUACAGCCAAUCUGGGCCUGAAGAUGGCUGAAGCCUUGGACUGUCCAAUAGACUCUCCCCAGUCUGCAGUCUCCUGUUUACGAGAGGUCGAUGGUGUGAUUCUGGCUGAGAAACAGAAGAUAUUCAAAGGAGUUAAAGGAGCUGAAAAUCCAUUCUUGCCUACCAUUGAACAAGAUCUGGGAGAAGAAGUAUUUUUACCAGAUUAUCCUAUUAAGAUGAUGGAAACUACAGGGGAUAUACCUUAUCUCAUGGGCUUCACUGAUGGCGAGGGGCUUAUGUUUUUGAAGGAUCCAGAAACAAAUCCAGAUCAAUUUGAAAAGAUACAGGAAGAUUUUAUCCCUUAUCUGCCAGUCUAUAUGCUUGAAAACGAACAACCUGAGGUGCUGCAGAGGAUAGCUACUCAGUUCCAAAAUUUUUACUUAGGGUUUAACAGUUCCGUAAAUGACACAAUGUAUGGGUUUAUUAAUUACAACACAGAUAGGGAGUUUUCUUACUGUAUAUCGAAAACUGCCCAGAUUAUCAGCAAUAGAGCACCAGUAUACCUGUACUACUUCAAUUAUGCUGGGAAUUUUCAACGAAGAGAUCGGCCUUUCCAUAAACUAAACGUAACAGGGGUCAGUCAUGGCGAAGAGUUGGGAUAUUUGUUCUAUCGACCCUGUUUUGUCAAAGAACAAUACAACAUAUCAGCGUACCCGAAGGAUAUGAAGAUGGUUGAAACGAUGGUGACCUUAUGGACAAACUUUGCAACUUAUGGGGAUCCAGUGCCUCCUGGAAGUAACUUGAAACCAACCUGGGAGCCUGUGAAGGGAAAACUUACUAGACACUUGAUCAUCAAUGAUCCUCUGGUCAUGGCUCCCUAUCCGGUGUUGGAGGAUAGAUUGGCAUUUUGGGACAACAUCUUCCAGUCCCUGUAUGGGGAAGCCACACACCUUCGCAUGGACAGAAGUUAUUCAGUGUAUAUAAUUGUGUAUUUCCUCUUGUUGUUCUGCGCAAUUCUUGGAAUAUAUUGUUACUUCAGGCGUAAACAACACAGCUGUUAUAGUAUUUUGGAUUAAAAAUAAACUCAGUUUAUAAACAUUACUUAAUAAAUAUUUUACUUAAUUUUUGUAAUGAUUUAUUUCAAAAUUAAAUGUUUAAUUUUGUUGUUUCUU